AUGAUCUUUUUCACAGGUGAUUCACAGGAGCUGAGGAUUGUGCUGCUGGGAGUCUCUGGAGCUGGAAAGAGUUUAACAGCAAAUGCAAUACUGGGUCGAGAGGCAUUUAAAGAGAGCAGAACCAGAGAGAGUGAGAAACAGACAGGAAAAGUAGAAGACAGAGACAUCUCCAUCAUCGACACACCAGGAUUCUUCAACACUCAACUGACUGAUGAAGAGAUGAAGAAUGAGAUGAUGAAGAGUAUGUUCCUCUGUUAUCCUGGUCCUCACCUGUUCCUGCUCGUCAUCAACCUGAAGACCUUCAGAGAGGAACAGAGGAACCUCGUGGAGCAAGUUCAGGAGAACUUUGGAGCUCAGGCUUUGAAGUUCACAAUGACAUACACUCUAGAGAUCCACAAGAAAACAAGGAUGAUGAAGAAGAGGUGGUCAAACCAUCAGCAAAAUCACUGA